AUGACUGCUCAAGAUAUUACUACUACUCUUCUUCAUCCAAAAGGUGAUCAUGUUUUACAUUCACAUGCUUAUCCAAUCUUCCAAACUUCUACAUUCUGUUUUGAUUCAACUCAACAAGGUGCUGAUUUAUUUAUGGGUAAAGGAGAAGGUCAUAUCUACUCUAGACUUGGAAAUCCAACUGUUGAACAAUUUGAAGAAAUGGUAUGUUCUAUUGAAGGUGCAGCUGGUUCUGCUGCAUUUGGUUCUGGAAUGGGAGCUAUUUCAUCAUCAACACUUGCUUUCUUACAAAAAGGAGAUCAUUUAAUUGCAGGAGAUACAUUAUAUGGAUGUACUGUUUCAUUAUUUACACAUUGGUUACCAAGAUUCGGUAUUGAAGUUGAUCUUAUUGACACUUCUGAUGUAGAAAAAGUAAAAGCAGCUUGGAAACCAAAUACUAAAAUGGUUUAUUUAGAAUCACCAGCAAAUCCAACAUGUAAAGUUUCUGAUAUUAAAGGUAUUGCUGUUGUUUGUCAUGAACGUGGAGCACGUUUAGUUGUUGAUGCAACUUUCACUUCACCAUGUUUCCUUAAACCAUUAGAACUUGGAGCAGAUAUUGCACUUCAUUCUGUUAGUAAAUAUAUUAAUGGACAUGGUGAUGUUAUUGGUGGUGUUUCAUCAGCAAAAACAGCAGAAGAUAUUGCAACUAUUAAAUUCUAUAGAAAAGAUGCAGGAUCAUUAAUGGCACCAAUGGAUGCAUUCUUAUGUGCAAGAGGAAUGAAAACUCUUCCUAUAAGAAUGCAAAUUCAUAUGGAAAAUGGACUUAAAGUUGCUAAAUUCUUAGAGCAACAUGAAAAAAUAGUUAAAGUUAAUCAUCCAGGACUUGAAUCAUUCCCAGGUCAUGACAUUGCUAAAAAACAAAUGACUGGUUAUGGUUCAACAUUCUCAUUUGAAAUGAAAUCAUUUGAAGCUGCUAAAAAAUUAAUGGAACAUCUUAAAGUAUGUACUUUAGCAGUUUCACUUGGAUGUGUUGAUACUCUUAUUGAACAUCCUGCUUCAAUGACUCAUGCAGCUGUUCCUGAAAAUAUAAUGAGAAAACAAGGAAUUACUCCUGAAUUAGUUAGAAUUUCUGUUGGAAUUGAAAAUGUUGAUGAUAUUAUUGCUGAUUUAAAACAAGCAUUAGAGCUUUGUUAA